UUCACUUUGUAACAGAAAGCUCAAAUCAACGGUCGUGUCGUGAAAAUUGGGCAAAGCUCCGUGUGAAAACGCUAAAAUUCCUCGAACGAAAUUGAUUUGUGCGUGUGUGUCCAUGAUUAUUAGAGUGCAUUUGAUCUAAAGCAAAGUAUUAGAGAAUUGCAGAGUGCAUUUUGGGUUCACGGGCACAAAAAGGUUUUCCAAGUUGCCAAAAACGUUGUCUGGAAGGGACAUUUGUGCCAUUGUGUUUUUGCGCGUGUGUGUGCCUGUUUGUGUGUGAAAAAUCCGCCCUUAACAGCAGCCAGCCAGCAAGGAGAGAAGCUAAGCCAAGUCAAACUUUGAAACCUCGGCGCGACUUGAACCACCCGAGCGUUGAUGGCUGCCACCAAAAUAAUCGAUGCACCGCGCAACGGCCACGAGAUGGCUCCAUUGAACACAAGGGCACGGGGCGAUGGGACCCACGGCGUGACCAUCGUCCUGACCGCCCCGCAGCGCAACUCGGUACAGUCGGUGGACAUUCCGGGCGGAGAUCCGGAGCGGGCCGCCUGGAGUGGCAAAAUGCAGUUCUUCCUCAGCAUCAUCGGCUACUCGGUGGGCCUGGGCAACAUCUGGCGCUUUCCCUACCUGUGUCAACAGAACGGCGGCGGUGCAUUCCUGAUACCGUUCAUGAUUAUGCUGAUACUGGAGGGAAUACCGCUCUUCCUCAUCGAACUGGGCAUGGGGCAGCGCAUGCGGCUGGGCGCGUUGGGGGUGUGGAACACCAUCCAUCCGUGGCUGGGCGGCAUCGGAAUCUCGUCGUGCAUUGUGACGCUGUUCGUGGCCCUGUACUACAACGUCAUCAUCACGUGGGUCUUCUUCUACCUCUUCAACAGUUUUCGGUACCCCCUGCCCUGGUCCACCUGUCCGACCAACGGCACUGGAUUCGCGCUUGAAGAGUGCGCCAAGUCGUCGGAGACAACGUACUUCUGGUACCGCACCACCCUGGACGCCGCCCCGUCCAUGGACGAGCCCGGCGGCCUCAAGUGGUGGAUUGUGCUCUGCCUGAUGCUCUCCUGGACCAUCGUCUUCUUCAUCGUGAUGAAGGGCAUCCAGAGCUCCGGCAAGGUGGUCUACUUCCCCUCGCUCUUCCCCUACAUCGUCCUCACCAUAUUCUUCAUCCGCGGCAUAACCCUGCGCGGCGCUGGCGCUGGUCUAAUGCACAUGUACACGCCGAAGGUGGAAAAGCUGCUGGAGCCAACGGUGUGGCUGGACGCGGCCACCCAGGUCUUUUACUCGUUUGGCCUCGCCUUCGGCUCGCUAAUAGCCUUCGGGAGCUACAACACGCCGAAGAACAACUGCGUCCGCGACGUCCUGCUGGUGUCCGUCUGUAAUGCAGUCACAGCCAUCUACGCGAGUGUCGUCAUCUUCGCCAUUCUCGGCUUCAAGGCCACCAUGAACGUGGAUCGCUGUGUGGCAAGCAACACGGACAUCCUCGUUAGGCAUGCGUUUCUGGAAAACAAGAACGCCACCACCCUGGAGUACGAGCAUGCGAUGGACAAGCUCAACGACACGGAGAAGACCCUCUUUCAGCUGAGCGAGUGCACCCUAUCCAAGGAGCUUGACAAUGCCGCCGAGGGAACGGGCCUGGCCUUCAUCGUGUUCACCCAGGCAAUUGUGGAGCUGCCGGGCGCCCCCUUCUGGGCGGUGCUCUUCUUCACCAUGCUGCUGUCGCUGGGACUGGGCUCGCAGAUCGGCAUCUUGGAGGGCAUGCUGUGCACCCUCUUCGACAUAGACAUUAUCAAGCGGGUUAAGAAACAGCAUGUCACUGGCGUGGUAUGUCUAUUCUGCUUUACUGUCGGUUUCAUCUUCUGCACAGGUGCCGGGGAGUACUGGCUCAAGAUGUUCGAUUCUUUUGCCGGCACCAUUGGCCUGGUGGUGGUGGCCCUGAUGGAGAUGAUCGCCGUUAUCUUUAUCUACGGACACGAGCGCUUCACUGAGGACAUCUAUCAGAUGACUGGCUACAGACCCGGCCUCUACUGGCAGCUUACAUGGCGCUACAUUGGGCCCGUAAUCAUGGUCUGCAUCCUGGCCUCGUCCAUCGUCUUUAUGGUCAUCCGCAAUCCCACAUACGGAGCUUGGAAUGCCGAAUUGGGUGUGGUGGAGCAGAAGGAAUACCCCAGGUGGGUCAUGGGCAUCGCCCUUUCGAUGAUCAUGGCCGGCGUUCUUCCCAUGCCCAUUGUGUUAAUCAUGCGCAGCUUCCAGUGCCUGAAGGUGGACCUGGACAUACACCAGGGAUCGAUCCGGCGCAACGAGACAACCGCCUCCACCAAGGAGAUGAUUGACAACGACGACGAUAAUAUGAGUCCGGAUAUGCCACCGCAAGAUUCAUUAGCGGCGACACGCUUCACAAUUGGAGACUUCGAAGAGGACGAUGAGAACGAUUUCAGCGGACCCGCCCUGGGUGGCCACGCCAAGACCCAGAGCGACUUUUCCGACGACGACGAAACAGAGCGAACGCAAUGUCAAGUGAAAUAUUAAUUAAACUGAGAGUACGGAAGAGAGAGAGAGAGAGGCAGGGAGCUGGAGUGGAGCCGUGCCGAGAUGAGCGAAAACAUUUAUAAAUAUUUACUCUAAGUAUUUUAACAUAAUUUAAAGCUAAACUAAGAAACAGAAAGAACAAACUGAAGAGUUUGAAUUAAUUGAAUUCUAGUUCGAGCGCGUAACUAUAAUUGUUAAACCGUAUUUUUAACACAAACUGAACUCAAACUAAACUAAAACUAACUCGUAAAUAGCGAGUACAAUGAGCUGCUGUGCUGUGGAAGAACGAAAGCAGGACGGGACAAAAUUAAAGAAGAAAGAAAAGAAAAGGAAAACUAUUAAAUAAAAGGGGUUGCUAAAUGUUUCGAUUGGAUGAUUAUGUAGCGUAGCAUUUAAUUGGAAUGCUUUAAGCUUUACCAUUAGACACUUUAACACACAAAAUGAAAG